AUGUCCGACCUCGACCACUUCGACCUCCUACCGCUGCAGAUGAACCCGCAGUCCAAGGCCAUCUCCUCGCACAAGCCCUCUCGCGCCCUCGACGCCGAACUCGAGCAACUCAACAGCCUGCACCGCGCCCUCCUCUCCGUCGACGGCAACGGCGUGCCGCCUCCGCCGAUCCCGGUCAACCCGAAGCGGUCGGGCAACAUCACGAAGCUGCGCGACAACGGAAACGCCGAAUACCGAAAGCAAAAGUACGCCGAUGCCGUGCGUCUCUACACGCUCGGCAUCCAGAUGGCCCUCACUCGGCCCAUGUGGGAGCCUGCGGCCCUCGUGAGGGAAGAAGUGAGCGGCCUGCUCGCCAACCGUGCGCAGGCGCACAUGGCCCUCCAGAACUGGCCCGAAGGCGCCGUCGAUGCCGAGGCUAGCGUCGAGGCGCGGAGGGUAGGCAACGCCAAGGGCUGGUGGAGGAGGGGUCGUUGCCUCGUCGAGAUGGGCCGGCUGGAAGAGGCGAGGGAGUGGGUGAAGAGCGGACUCGAGGUCGAGGGUGAGGAGGCGGAGCUCGUGGGCCUGCUGAAGGAGAUUGACAGCUCGAUUGAGAAGAAGAAGAUGCAUUGA